GUAGGGGGGGGAACGAGACAGUCACGUGACGCGGCGGGACGACGCCAUGGCGGAGGCGGUGGCAGACACUCGGCGUCUCCUCACGAAGCCCCAGGACCUCACGGACGCCUACGGGCCGCCAAGCAACUUCCUCGAGAUCGACGUGAGCAGCCCGCAGACGGUGGGCGUGGGGCGCAUUCGCUUCACGAGCUACGAGGUCCGCAUGAAGACGAAUUUGCCGAUUUUCAAGCUAAAGGAGGCGACGGUGCGGAGGCGAUACAGCGACUUUGAGUGGCUCAAGAACGAGCUGGAGAGGGACAGCAAGAUUGUGGUCCCCCCGCUGCCCGGCAAGGCCUUCACUCGUCUGCUGCCCUUCCGCGGAGACGAUGGGAUCUUCGACGACAGCUUCAUUCAGGAGCGGCGAAGCGGCCUGGAGCAAUUCAUCAACAAGAUUGCCGGACACCCGCUGGCGCAGAAUGAGCGCUGCCUUCACAUGUUCCUGCAGGAUGAGACCAUCGAUAAGGGAUACGUGCCUGGCAAAGUGCGACAGACAUAAGCCAGACGGAGCCCCCCCCCCUUCACCCUGCUCUCAUUUCCCUCCAUUAUCAUCGUCACCCUCAUCACCAACGUUGUUAUCGUUAUGGAAUCUGUCUCACUUUUGGCCACUACUGAGCUUUGUGCCAUGGGGUUGAGGGUGUUUUUUUUCUUUCUAAACGCGUCUGACCGACAUCCGUCGCAUUCGCGCAUUAUCUCUUGUCGACGCUAACUUGGUCGAGAGCGAAGCCGUUUUCACGCGGAAAGUAAAACGACACUUAUAGUCUCACGCACUUCUUCUUCGGUCGGCCGUCGAUAUUUUUUUAUUGCAAUUUAUUUAGCCCUCGUAGAUUAUAACCGGAUUUGCUGUAAUGAUGACGAAUGUUGAAAAGAGUGUAGCUGUAUUUACGAUAGAGAAAACAAAUCUUUCACGACGACGCUCUGGAGCCCAACUUUAAUGUACAAAAUAACCAAAAGUCAUACGCUGCUUUACAGAUCCUCCUAAUAUGCAUUAUAUUGUCAUUUAAAUAAAGUAAUCACGCUGUG